UCGCGCUAAUGAACUAUUAUAGGUGGCAGCACAAUUGCGGUUACGGGCGCUCCAGUGCUCGGGCUGUUGUCUUUAUCAGUACGGGCCACGGGGGCGGCCCGGGCCCCGGCCAGCUUUCCCGCAGCUGUUUUGUGCAUUGUUAUAGGCUUGAGGUGAACUAACACCGGAUCUGCCUAUGGCUACACUACUGUCUAUGGGUCAACUGACUGCUUUGGUUCAACUUGAUUCAGCUUGGAUCAACUAAGCGGCGCCCGGCGGCGAAAGUGAACGUGAUCCCCGUUCGUGACGUCACAGUGGAAGUGGGUCAGUGGUGAGGAAGGUAUCCGAGGCGAGUGUGGGGCUAGUUGAACAUGUGAAUUGAGUGCUGGCACUGCCCGAAGAGGUUCAACCAUUGGAUAACGUGAAUGGUGCCGACCAUGCUAGACACGAACCGCGAGCACCUGGUGUGGCCCGGCGUACCGGCCGGCAGCCGUGCCGUGAAGCCGCUCUUCAUCAAGAAUGGCUCCGACACGGAUACCAUGCAGCUCACACUGGCCAUCCAGGACAGUCCGCACUUCAAGUUCGAGGCGUUCCCGAAGCCGAGCAGCUCUCUGGAGGUGGCCAUGCCGCCGCGCUCCGAGCGGAACGUGAACGUGGUGUUCGAGCCGACGUCGUGCUCCUCGUACCGGGGCACUGUGGUGAUCCGCACCGGCGGCGGUGGUCAGCUGGAGAGGAGGGACGUCGCUAUGAUCCCUCUGAGCGGCUACGGCGGCGCCUCGGACGUACAAAUCUACGUCAACGCGCGCGAGGCGGGCCGGCCGUGCCUGAGUCUGAACGCGGCCGGACCGGGCGGCACGCGACUGGCCACCUUCUCCAUCGCCAACAUCGGACAGCGGGCCGCCUACAUCAAACUUCUGGCGUUCACAGACCUGAGCUGCGAGCGACCGCUGCCGGCUCACCAGGCGUCCCUGCACCCCAGCGAGUUCAUUCUGCGCCCGAGCGACUCGCGUCAGGUCAGCGUGGUCACGCCGCCCGUCUCGGACGUACAGGAUGUCGGUGCCGUGCUGGUACUGAGCGGUGACGAGACACUGCGACAGGAGCUCCGCCGGCGUCCGCCCGGCGCGCCGCCCAGUCCGCAUACACCCGAUAACCUCAGGAGCGUCAACUUUCAGGCACCAUACGACGGGGAGUCGCAGGACAACCAGGCCGGAUCCUCGCUGGAAGCGUCCAUUGACAAAAUGGAGGACAUCUUCUACUCCAACAUGAAGAAAACAAAGCUGCCUCUCAAGUACCUGCCUCGGCCGCCGGCGCAGGCGCCGCAGCUGCCGCCACCGCAGCCCAAGCCGCACGAGAUGUCGACGCCCUACAGCAGACCCAGUGUGGAGCUGCAGCAGGCGCGGACGCAGCUGCCGGCAGCUCCCACCCGGCCGCUCGACCAGCUACAACAGCUGCAGCGACAGACGACGCCGCUGGAGCUGACGAAGCGCUCUGCGUCUCCGCUGUCGGCGGUACCAGUGCCGGUGGCGCGGCCCGGCGGUCCCCCCACCGACACCGGAUGGUGGCCCCGGCCCCCCGGCCAGCAACAACUCAUCAGCGAGCGGGGACAGGCCAAACUGCGGAUAUCGACUAAUCAUCUGAUGUUCGCGAGGACGCCGCUUGGCACGCCCCGCUCGCUGUCCAUCCAGCUGACCAACCUGAGCCAGGAGGUCAUCAAGUGGAACAUCUUUGGGUACAGCAUGCCGUACCUCAUCACGGGUGUGAACCAGAUGGUCAAGUGCGGCUACGACGUGUUCAAGAUGCGUCCCAAGGAGGACUCGGUGCGCCCCGGGGAGACGCUGACGCUGCAGGUGACAUUCAGUCCGCCGUACCCCGGUCAGCUGACCCAGCUGUUCCAGCUGCUCUGCAAACCGGCCAAGGAGGCGCCUGGUCAGCCGAUGGUGGUCUACACUCUCCCGGUCCAGGUGUCUGGCCGCGGCAGUAUCCUGGACGAGGGUGAGGACGAGUCAGACCUGAUCACGGCGCCGCUGCACGUGUCGCAGGACUACCUCUUCUUCCGCCACUGGUCCAUCUGCCAUAAACUGGAGAUCACCAACAAGAUGAGGGACGAACUGCCGGUGGAGUACCGCGUCUCCGGUCCGUUCAAGGUAGUAGCCGGCCCCAACGAAUCCACUCUGAUGGACCUCACCGAGGGUCACAUGAUGGCUCCAUCGCAGCGCUACGUGCAGAUGUACGUCUACUUUUGUCCGGAGCAGGCGGGAGCGUUCUCCGGCCAGCUCAAACUGUGGCUGAAGAGCAGCGGCUGGCGCCAUCUGGUGCGGCUCGAGGGGACCUGUCAGGAUGUGGACCAUAUGCUGCAGAUUCCGCCGCCCACUGGGUGAGGCGAGCGAGCGAGGGGAGUCAGAGGUCGCUUUAGUCGCCGGGCCCGAUGCUCGCCGCUCGCCAGUCGUCCCAGCCAGUCGUCGCUGCCAGUCGCCUCUGGUGAUUUAAAGUCUUGGUGAUGUUAAGGAUGGUGACAGAGCAGAUGGUGACGCGGUGAAGGCAGGAGGUGGAUUGUGGUGAGACUGGUGAGGAAGAGACGCUGCCUACCGACGGUGUUGGUGAGGUGCCACCGAGUGCAAUGUGGGAGUGAUUUGACCCGGCCUGACCCGAACCGAGGUCGUGGAGUCAGUGACUUGACCUGACCCGAGGUCACGUGAGUCCAGGAGACCGACACUGCCGCUGCGAGCCGCCGUAAAGUGCUGCCUCUAAGUGAAUGGUACAACUCUUGAGUGAUCGCCGGGUCGGUCCAGUGCAGUGAUGGACUUUGAGAGGAGUUACGAGGGAAGUGCUACGGAGCCGUGUGUUGGUAUUGUGUUGUUUUGUUACGAUUGGUCGAUGGAACAGAGGGACUCUUGACACACGCACUGCCGACUGCUGUACGAAACGGAUUGACGGUCGACUGGCGAGGGGUACGAAUAUGCACUGCUGGUGUGGAACCGUCGGCGGUCGGAAUGGUCUGAGGCUGAUUUGGAUCGUGACCUCACCGGCCAUUGUAGCGCCGAAUACGUACGGUAUUGGCAGCCCUUUUCUCUGGGACUUUUUCACGUCAGUGUUCGAUUUCGAUCGGUUGGCUGUCUGACGGACUCUCUUGUUUCGUCGGACAUGGUAAUGUAGCGGCUUCGGCUGUCAUUUUAGCGGUUCGUGUGGGUUCCGUCAGCUGCCGGCGCGGUCUGAGUAUCGUGCUAGCUCAGUGGGUGAUCUUGGACACUGCCGGACGGCGGGCGCCCGUCACUCUACCCUCCUCCCCGCUCUCUCUCUCCUACGCCUCAAUGUCCGAGCCGUCACGGCACGGAUGCCAUUUACAUCAGCCAGUAAUUGAGGAGCAUUCUGUAGUACCAACCGACACGGGCCGCGAUUUUAGAGGGGUUGGCACAGACUAGACCGAUACUGUGUCGUGGGUAGGCGCCUAGUGCUACACGUGUUGUCUAAUGCCACACGUGGUGUCUAGUGCUGUACGUGGCGUCUCGUACUACACGUGUCGUUUAGAAUUUCGGUACAGGAGUCCUGUAGUCUUCGAUCAGCGGUGUCUAGUUCUCGGAUGAGUCACGGUGGUCGAUUGUAGGGGUUGCCGAUCGUGCGCACAUGUGCAUUGCCACAGCGAACUACGAGCGAACCUGAUAGCAUCGAGGGUCUGUCUUGCGUUAUUUAUUGCUGUUCUUGUAUUGGUAGGUCGUCGAGAGCAACUGCCCGUUUUUAAAGAGUACGUGGUGGAUGGAUGGGACUGAUUACUGUUGAAUCGCAUGAUGCAUAUUUUUAUUUGUGAAAGCCUAUGGAAUGAGAGGGAACAAAUGACUUGUCGACUGGUACAGAAUCGGAGUAUAUCCAUCUUGAAGUCAGCGCGCCGAGGGACAGGAUUCAGUCAGUGUGUGGAUGCAAGCUCAAUGUGAAUCUGGUGAUGAUUGAAAGAGCGAGUGUGCGUCAAGAUCAUGUCGAGUUGAUUGGGGACUGUGUUGGAUAUACUCUGAUGCCGUGUGGGUCGCGCUGUGGCUGGACUCGGCUGUCUGGGGCCGUCUGAGACAACAGACACUGCCGACUCGCGCGCUGCCCCCCUCGGAGCAUGUCUUUCUGUCUGGUGGGCGAUCUGGCUCGCCCCUUCAGACACAGGUGCUAAUGACAAACGAGUUGUGAUUUCAGACGAGUGGGCUCGGGCAAUGCAUGAGAAUACAUAUUUUUUUCUGAACGAUA